GAUAAUAUCGACACAAGGUCAUCAGCUUUAAAACUACAAAAGGAAGUUUUGAACUAAAAUAUAAAAAAAUAUGAAGUGAUAUAACUAAAUAACAAAAGAUUGUACUUUGAUAAUUAUUGCUUUUGCCAAAUCACACCCCAUUAAGUAAAAAAAGAUUCAUUCUGAAGAAAAUUUCUACAAAAGAGCAUAUGGUUAAUCCAAAAAUGGGAGAUGAUACUUCUGUGUCUAUGCAUCUGGUACAAUGUCCAGAAUCUGAAUUUAAUAAAAUUAUUGAUUCACAGAGUACUGAGGAACUUACCAACUCAAUAUCAUUUAUCCAAAAUAAAAUAAAACGGGAACAACAGGAAGUUCAGCAAAUCCAAACUGUUUUAGAAUCAGAUGCUGAGAAUAAAGAUAGUUCAGAUACAAAUACUACCUUAAAAACUCAGUUGAACGAUCUAAAUUCUUCAAUCGCCGCUCUUAUUCAUCGGUCAAUGAAAUGCUUCGAAAAGUACCAGCAAAAGACUGAACAGGCUACAUCUCGUUCAGAAAAUACUGAAGAUAAAUCUACAAGUUUAUUUGAAGAAACUAGUGAAGAACCUGGAAAAAUUUCAGCUAUGGAUAAAAAAUCUGGACAUCAUAUGCAGUUACAAAAUGGUUACGAAGACACUAAGAAAAUAGAACAGAAAGGUGCUAAGAUUAAAAGUGGAUCAUCAGAUGUAAAAGAAUUGCCAGGAAAAACAAAACGUCACACACUCAUCCAAGAAUUUUCAAGUAGAUCUGCUGUUGAUGAUAUUAGAACAGAAAUUGCAAGAACUGUUGAUAGAUCUGCUAAAGAAAAUGUCAGUAAAUUUCUUCUGAAAACAACUGGGCAAAAUAAUCCCAUUAAUAUAACAGUAGAAAAUAAAAGAAACACCUUUGAAAAUCCAGAUGCAAAAAGCAUGAGUGGUAAGAGUGAAGUUAAGAAAAUUGUUGAUAAACCUCCAGACAUUGGCCAAAUACAUGAACAUCAAAAACUUAGUAAAAGUGAGAUUGGAAACAAUAACCAGCAAAAUAACUUAUCAACUUUGAGCACUGGCAUGGCAGAAUCUCUUAUGAACUGUGACAAUAAGCAAUCAAGUUCAUUUCCACAUACAAAAUCUGAAAAUUUUGAAGAAACGACUCUAGAAGGCACAGCUCCCAAAAUGAUUGCUGGAGCCAGCUAUUCAGUGAAUCACACAGAAACUAGAAUUGGAACAGAAAACAGAAUAAGUAAAUCAGACAUGGUGUCUCGAGCUAAAAUGCUGGAAAAUUUUUUACAAAGUAAAAGCAGUGGAUCAGAUUUCAAUAAUAUUCCACAUAAGAAACCUGAGCAGGUAAAUGAAAUAAAAUUAAAAAAUGUUAGUGAAAUUCCAAAAGAAAAUGUCAAAACAGAUUUGAAAACUGCUGCAGAAGUCUCUGCUGCAGCAGCCAUUGAUAAUGCCAAUUCAAGUAGGGAUAGUGAAAAAGUUAAUCACAACUCAGUUCCAGAAGUUGUCCAUGAAUCAAGUGAUUUAAGCUCUGUGCAAGAAACUAUUGAAAUAAAGAAUAAUGCCAAUACAUUUCAAGAAGUUAAAUUGAAUGAAGUAAAUAUUUCAAAAGAAAAUGUUGUUGAACAAACAAAUUUUGUUGAACCAAAUCAUGUUGAACCAAAUCAUGACAUAACUGAUGGAGAUAACAAAAAGACAGAAAAUAUCGAAGGUGCUGACAGCUCCAUGACAAAUGAAAAUUCAGGUAGAUCAGGUAGAACAAUACCAUUGAAGAGACUAGCCCUUAGGAUCUUUACCAGCUUUGCUUUGAGAACAUCUUUUAUCAAGGAUAACAGUUUUUUUAGGGAUUGAUUUAUUAUUGGUAGAAUAUUUUCUAUGAAACAUUUGAGCAACCAUCAAGCAACCAAGGAUAACUCUUGAAUAAUAUCAACAUUGUUACAAACUGAAAUAUGGAGUGUAUUCUAACCCUGACCUCUUGCAAGUCACUGGAUACUCACAAAAGGGUGGAAUUAUAUUGAUCAGGAAAUGAAGCACUUGAAUGAAAGGAAAAAAAAACUGCCACUUCAAGAAAUAAAACAGCAGGAUUUGUGAGUGCAAGAAAAACUGGCUAAAUAUUAUUUUUACUCAUGUUAUGCCAUCAAGCAUAUUUGGUUUGAGGAAUUGCACAUAUCACGCCUUAGAUUAAUGGUUUCUUUGCAAUAGCAUAUGCAUUCUAUUCUUGCUUUGAAUUUACACUUGCAGCAUUUAAAUUGAUAAACAAAGUUGAAAUAUUUGUUUGUUUCUUUUAAGCAAUUCAUUUUCCUCUUAUUAAUGAUUAUUAACAUUUACCUAUAUAUAUAUCACAUACUAUGAUUAUUAACUUCAAGCUAUAUAUACCAUUCUGUUUGUUGUAUGAGAAAAUCAAAAAUUAAGCACUUACUUUUUUCUAUCAUGUUUGCUUUUUUUAAUUUUGGAGAAGUUUGGAUAAAUUUCUAAAUAAAAAGAUUUUUCAACAUUUCUUUUUUUUCAAAUCACAGAGUGAAUUUUGUAAGUUUUAUCAAGUUAAAGGUUA